AUGCCGCCCCCUUCAGCUCCGUUGACACCUGGAUUGGCUUCAUUUUUGAAGUCUCUGAAAACAAAUCCCAUCGACACUUCCAUUGACAAUCUGAUUUCACUGCUCAAACGAAGACAGAUCCGACACUCUAGAUCAUGCGCGACCGCGACUGCUUACCUCCUCCGUAGUGUUAUCUCCGCCUGCAGGACGAGCGAUGCCUCCAAACUCAUUGAGCGGGUUCAAAGCGUGGGCAGGCGGUUGAUAGCUGCGCAGCCCAGGGAGAUGGUAGUUGGAAACAUUGUCCGACGUGUGCUUGGUUUAAUCCGUGACGAGGCAGAGGAUGACCGCGACGGGGACUUUAGCUUGAGUGAAGCAGGCUCUGAAAGCCAGCCGCAGACUCCUCGCGCAGAACACGACCCAUCCGAGGCCUUGUACGGACGACAUGACGGUUCUGCCUCAAAGCCCUUGUCGUCGUUGGCAGCUCACCCAAUCUCCAUGUUCAGUCUUCUUUCUCAACCAGAAUCCGAGAACUCACUACCUGGCUCACCGGUAUCCGCCUCACCGUCCGGACGCUUACCAGGACACCCUCAGAAUAAAGAUAUCCGCGCCGAGGUGUUAGACGGAAUCAAUGAGAUCAUUGACGAACUCGGCCAAGUCGACGACCAAAUUGCAGCCUACGCGCUUGAUCACAUCCACUCGAACGAAAUCAUCCUCACACACACCUCGUCGACGACCGUGCAGAAAUUCCUCCUCAAAGCCGCAGCCAAGCGGAAGUUCACUGUUAUCCACGCCGAAUCAUACCCCAACAACCACGAAGCAACACACGCCACCGUGAGCGGAACAGCCCCCAACGACGAUGAGCUGCUCAGCACCGAAUCCUUCCAGAAACCCUUGAUUGCCCACGGCAUCACCGUCAUCCUGAUCCCCGACUCGGCUGUUUUCGCCCUCAUGUCUCGCGUGAACAAGGUCAUCCUCGGUACACACUCUGUGCUGGCCAACGGCGGUCUUGUCGCCUCUGCAGGUACCCGUGUUAUCGCUCGCGCAGCAAAGGUCCACCAGACCCCCGUUGUGGUCGUUAGCGGCGUUUACAAGCUCAGCCCGGUCUAUCCGUUCGACUUCGAGUCGUUAAUAGAAUAUGGCGAUUCAAGCAAGGUCAUAGGCUACGAGGAUGGUGAUCUAGUCGAGCAAAUCGACGUCCAGAAUCCGCUGUACGACUAUGUCCCCGCCGAGCUGGUUGAUCUAUACAUCACGAACCUGGGUGGACAUGCACCAUCAUAUCUUUACCGUAUUGUGUCUGAUCACUAUCGCAAGGAGGACAUUAGUUUUUAA